AUCCAUGUUUUGGAAGGAAUCUGUUUGUUUCAUACUCGUGUCGUGUUUCCUCGAAAAUCACUUGAACUUGAUUCUUCAUCUCUUGCCUCCUAAUAAAUCCUCUAACAGCUUUGCUUGAUUUCAAACUCCGACAAAGAACAACCUUGUCGACCCAGCAAAGCAAAGUAACAUAUUAAGAGAAGAAGAUGUGUUUGGUGUUUGUGUGCGGGGAAGAUGAGAGGGUGGUGUCAAGGCAGCCAGCACCGGGGGCCUGUCCUUACUGCAGAGGGAUGAUCCAAGCUAUGGACGUAGAGAGUCAGUGGAAUUUCUGUUUCCUACCUUUGUAUUCUAAGACCAAGCGCAGGUAUUACUGCACCAUGUGCACCAGAAAACUCGUCCUUCAGUAAUACUGCAUGAUGCUGAUGCUCAUCUUACUUUUUUUCCCGGGUUUUAUUUACUACUUAAUUUCCAUGUAUAUGUAGGGUUUUCAUAGGAUCAUUAGGAUCAGCACCAUUAAGAUCAACUUAGAAGUGGAUUUUUGGUUGUUUACAUAAGGUCUAGCCUUGUAUACCAAAAAGGCAAAAACAAAAUAGUGGAAUUCGUAUUACAAUGUUGAAGAAUUCGUAUUAUCAUUGUGUGGAUAACAUGCUAAAUUAGUCUUCGACAUUGUAUUUUGUUGGAUAUUUUAGUAAAUCUUCCUUGAGUCGUUA